AUGAAUGUAAAUACAUUUUUUCUAGUUAGUUGCAUAUGCGACAGUGAGAGAAAUAGAGCAUAAUUUUCUUUGACAGUCCUUAGGAUUCCUUUUUGUCUGUAUACCAAAGUUCAUCUCAUUAGAACAUCUACAGAAAAAACUUGGCAAGAAGAAUUCUCAUUUCUCAAAAUCUUCGCAUCUCCCCUGAAUCCUCUGAUGGCAACUUUUCUCAGGUGUCCAAUGUUUUCUCCUUUCAAAGCACCCAUCAUCAAAGCACCUCCAAACCCCUAUCCUCUGACUGAGACAAAUUCAAGAAAACAAACCAAACCCAGAACUCAGAUCACCUCUACACUAAAAUCAUUCCUAGAUUUAAAGCCUGAAUCGAAGCCGGAGUUCUCAACUUUCGACUUACCUUUUCAUGACAAAUCCGAGCGCGUAAAAUACGACGUAAUCAUCAUUGGUGCAGGUCCGGCUGGUCUUCGUUUAGCUGAAAGAGUCUCUUCAUAUGGAAUUCGAGUUUGUUGCAUCGAUUCUUCACCUCUUUCCAUGUGGCCUAAUAACUACGGAGUUUGGGUUGAUGAGUUUCAGAGUUUAGGUCUUGAAGACUGUUUGGACAAGACAUGGCCGAUGACUACCAUCUUUCUUGGUGAUCGGAGAACUAAGUACUUGGAUCGUCCUUAUGGACGAGUUAAUCGUAAGGGUUUGAAAACAAAGUUGCUAGAAAAAUCCGUUUUAAAUGGUGUCAAGUUCUUCGAAUCCAAAGUGUGGAAUAUUGAGCACCAUGAAUUCGAGUCUGUGGUAAUAUGCGAAGAUGGGGUGGAACUGACAGGGAGCUUGGUUGUUGAUGCAAGUGGAUUUCGCAGUCCUUUCGUGCAAUUCAAUGAACCAAGAAACCAUGGAUAUCAAAUUGCUCAUGGAAUCUUGGCUGAAGUCGAAGAACAUCCAUUUGAUCUAGACAAAAUGGUUUUAAUGGAUUGGAGAGAUGAUCAUUUAGGAAAUGAGCCAGUUUUACGCGUUAAAAACAAUAAGCACCCGACUUUCUUAUAUGCAAUGCCAUUCAGUUCAAAUUUGAUCUUUCUUGAAGAGACCUCAUUAGUAAGUAGGCCAGUUUUAUCUUACACUGAAGUGAAGAACAGAAUGGUUGCUAGGUUGAGACAUUUAGGGAUCAAAGUGAAGAGAGUAAUAGAAGAUGAGAAAUGUUUGGUUCCCAUGGGAGGACCUCUUCCUACUAUACCUCAAAGUAUACUGUGCCAUGGUGCAACAGCCGGUUUAGUGCACCCAUCAACUGGUUACAUGGUGGCUCAAACUUUAGCUCGAUCAACAAUACUCGCGGACGUGAUUGCUGAAUGUCUAGGAUCAACAAGAAUGAUUAGGGGGUCUCAAAUGCAUCAAAGAGUUUGGAAUGGUUUAUGGCCUAUGGAUAAAAGAUGCAGUAGAGAGUAUUACCGUUUUGGAACGGAAACUCUUUUGAAACUCGACUUGAAAGGAACCAGAAAGUUUUUCCAUGCUUUUUUUGAUUUGGAUCCUUAUUAUUGGCAAGGUUUUUUAUCUUCUAGAUUAAACAUUAUGGAGCUUGGGAUGUUGAGUUUGUCUUUGUUUAGUCAUGCUUCAAGGAGUACUAGGAUUGAUAUUGUUACCAAAUGUCCUUUGCCUUUGGCUAAAAUGAUUGGUAAACUAGUCAAUAGUGCAAUCUAAUCUGUACAAGAGCAAUGAGCACUGAUAUAUACUUGUCUUCCUCCAGAGAAAAAAAUAUAAAUGCGUGUUCUGUUUUGCUUGAAUAA